AUGAUCGUUGUUCUUCUUUUCGUGGUCAUGGCAGAUUUCGGUUACGGGAAGCUUUUUACGUUAUUUGUAGCAUUGCGAUGCAUUGUUCGUGCACAUUGUGUAAAACUAACAUUGCAAGAUGGCGUUAUGAGCAGCUCGUUAUCGAGGAGCGUGCAAGUUCGCGGACGCGUAUAUUUCUCGAGAGACAUCACUCCAUCUUCAUCAUUUCGUUCAUGGUACAUUCGUGCCGAUGUCCUUUACAAAACGAUCUAA